AAAAAUAGAAAGGCUGUUCAUUCACAGAGAAGCCGGUGGUGGUUAUUUUUAGGGGAAGGAGGUGACUGGUAGCAGACAGCCUUUGCAAAUACUCCCACAUCGCCUCGCUCCACCUUGAAUUAAAGCAGGAUGGCAUUGUCAAGCCGUGCGUAAAGCAGCUGCGUGCGGCACCGCGGAAAACAGACGUUUUAUAGGCAAUUUCUGCAGAAGAAAAUUCUGCUCAUUGCAAACGACGCAGCCGGCGUUUCCUGAUUUCCUGAACAGACCUUAGGUGGACCAGAUCGGACUCGUUGUUGUUGAGGAUACACCUUUUGGUUUACCUUAUUUUUGGGAGAGACACAGAGCGAGCCGUCUCCAUCAGGUGCAGAGAGAGAGAGAGAGAGAGAGCAUCAGAUCCGCCCAGCAGAGACCUCCAGAUGGCGAAGGCAGACCAGCGUUUUGGCCAGCGAGAUGGCUCCGACCAGAACUUUGACUACAUGUUCAAGCUGCUGAUCAUCGGCAACAGCAGCGUCGGGAAAACGUCCUUCCUGUUCCGCUAUGCCGACGACUCCUUCAGCAACUCUUUCGUCAGCACCGUGGGCAUCGACUUCAAGGUGAAGACGGUGUAUCGCAACGACAAGAGGAUCAAGCUGCAGAUCUGGGACACGGCGGGGCAGGAGCGUUAUCGCACCAUCACCACGGCAUACUACCGCGGCGCCAUGGGCUUCAUCCUCAUGUAUGACAUAACCAACGAGGAGUCCUUCAACGCCGUCCAGGACUGGGCCACUCAGAUUAAGACGUACUCGUGGGACAACGCCCAGGUGAUCAUGGUGGGCAACAAGUGCGACAUGGACGAGGAGAGAAUCGUACCUCCAGAGAAAGGAAAACACCUCGCCGACCAGUUAGGCUUUGAGUACUACGAGGCGAGCGCCAAGGAGAACAUCAACGUGCGGCAGGUCUUCGAGCGCCUGGUGGACAUCAUCUGCGUGAAGAUGUCGGAGCGCGUGGACGUGGAGGCGCCGGCGGCUCCCGGCAUGAAGACCACCAGACUGACCGACAAGCCCGCCCAGCUACCUCAGAAGUGCUGCUGAUCGUCCGUCGCCCGUUUAUCCCUCUGCUGUUGCCUCGUCCGCUCCCCAAAGCUCUCGAGAAAAAGAAAAAAAAAAACAGAUUAACUAUUGUAACAUUCCUCAACACACUCUCUCUGCUUCAGUCCAUGUUUGUGAGCAGUCAAUAAUCACUACGCCUGCUGCGAUUUCUGCUAGCUAACAUUUAAAUAGCAAGUUUCAUCCCCUUCCCGUCCCCAAGUAUCCGACCCUUACAUAGGUGGAGUAGUAAGGGUGCAGCGUACUCCUGACAAAGUUUUAUUUGGCGUCUUUGAAAAGGUUAUAGAGCCACUGUUGGUACAUAUCGCUGUGAGGAAAGGCAUGCAUGCUAACUGCGACUGAUGUUUAAUGAAAUUCACGCUAGAUUCCCGGGUUUAGAAGUGGCUAGAAGCUUGGUGACUUGGGAAUACUCGCAGGGCUAGUUGGUGAACCACUGUAGCUGAGGAAUUAACAGCUAACACGCACUUGUCAGUUACAUUUGUUCUCCAAGUUGUAUAGCUUGGUUGUUGACAUUUUACUCAAGAGGCGUAUUUGAAUCAUCGUCUCGUGUCUCAUAAUUGUCUGCAAACCAUUUUGUGGAGCAGUUUAUAGUCUUGACUAGGGCUGUCCCCGACUAAGGAUAGUCGAAUCAGAAAAGUCUUGCCUAGAGUCGACUGACUAAACUGAGGCUUAUCGUCGACCCUUUUCUCUCAGCUCACCUGCCAUUCCCCGAUCUUGUGCCGAGUUUUGCGUGCGUGCUGUGCGGCCGACACAUGCAUGCACGCCGCUGUUCCUCACAGGUCUAUUUCAAGUACUAUUUAAAAACAAUAUGAUGUUCUUUGUGUGGUUCAUCAAUGGUGACAAAUGAUCCAAGUGUCCCGCGAGGUGCGGACAACUCGGCACAACACCGGUGAAGCUGGAGCUCGGCCUCUUCAGCAGGUGUUCCUAUUCUGCCACUACACACAUACGCCUACGCCCCCCUUCCUUAAGGGUUAGGGUUAUAAUUUUGGAUUUAUUCAUGCACUUUAAAAACAUUUCUUAAGAGCUUUUUUCUUUUUACAUGUUUAUUUAGAGCAUUAAUUAUUGAAUUUUAUAUUGUAAUAGUCAGCAUAUUAACUUACUGGGGUAAAACUGGUGGCUCUGUGUAAAACUCAGACAUUGAGCACCCCCAUAUCGGCAAAAUGGCAUGAUCCUCGCUACAUGCUCCACCCAAUGAUGCAUCAAAUCUUCGACUAUUCGGGGUCAGCCCUAAUCUUGACAGAGGAGACACAACACAGCCAAAGGUCAGCUCCGUCAUGAAAAUUUGUGUGUCACACUUCACCAAAACUUGACAGGAAAGAUAUUUACGGAUUCACUUUGUCCCUGCGAGGGAAUCCUCUGAUCUUAGUGAUUACAUUGAAAUAAAUAGAUUAUAAUAGAGAAUAGACAGGGAAGCAAGUCUCAACGAGGUAUCGCGCAGACCUGCUGUUCGGUUAAUGAGUUGAUCCUGUCAAGGAAGAGGGUUCAAAACUGAUAAAAUAACGUCAUAUUCAAAGUCAGAACAAGUAUAAAAGAAAAUCGUUAAGCGUAAGUGCAACACACAUCGGCUGGGUCAUGAAGUCUUGCGUCAUUUGACAUGCAUCAAUUGAGACUUAUAGCACAUACCAGAGGUGCCGUAAGUACGGUAGGUGCAGUAGCCAGGAUCUGCAGAGAUGCAAAAAAACAUUAAAGGAGUGAAAGAUUGUGCUGGUGAGAUUUACAAACUCUUACGAAGAGUUAAUAGGCACUUACGCUUGAUAUUAGGACAUUGGCGAAUACUGACAACCUGCAUCAAGAUGUCGCUGUUGUGUGCGCUUUACAGACAACAACUGGUGCGAGUGUUUUGAGGCACGUGGUGUGUGUGGUGCUCUUUCCCUGCAGGUUGAGAUGCAUCUUCCAAACUUGCACCAGAAACACCCCCAAAGUUGUUGAGACGUACAAGCGUCCUGAUCAUGGGUGACUGCCGCGCUUCACUUUGGUUGCACAACCACAGAAAGACGCCAAAUGUGAUUUUGUAGAGAGUGCACUGCUGAAAGGAGCUGGAAGCAGGGUCCACAGGUAAGCACAGCACUGCCUCGCCUCUCAAAGUGUAGCACAACGAGAAACUUAACAGCACCACAGCUGCUCAUGUUCACAAGUUUACAGGUCGCAGUCUUUCACCGAGUCACCUGCCGAAACAUCAGAUAGGCUGCUUCUCAAAUAGCUAGUAAUAGUGAGUCCACUCGAAUACAAUUAUGCCUAUAGCCCACUAACUGUUACUGGCCUUACUUAGUGCUGAAAGACGCUUUAGGGCUACACCACCAGUGCACAACUCCCAGGUAGGGCUGCAGCCGAAAUCAUUUGACUUAACAGGAGCGGGUCGAGUCCAAGACUGACACAUGCCCAAUAAACUGUCUGACGUACAGACAGCUGCACUUUCCUUAACACACUUUAUUACAACACUUGAAAUUAUGUUUACGCCAGAGCCCCAAGCAGGAUUAGGACAGUAACUAAAUUCACAUUAUUUUAAAUGCAAAUGAACAGCACAGAGGCACAUUGCAUUCACCAAAGGAAAAAACAGGCGAUGUUUUCUAAUAAUUAUGACUUUUGCAUCGUUUAAUUACCAGAAAAUAUUUUCAUCUUGACAUUAGGGGAUACAGAGUCAUAAAAACAAGAUGAAAAAACAAGAUGUAGAAGUCAUAAUUACGAAAAAAAACCAUCUCCCUUUUUUGUCAUUGGUGAAUCAAUGUAAUGAUCAAACUGGCUGAAUGAUGCUCCAUUUUGCCCAAAUCCUCUAAGACUGAAAGACCGAAGGACAAGAAAUCAGGGAUAACUGAGUCGCUGACCCCCCACGUCAGGGUUUGAGGUCAUUGAAGUCACAAGCUUGUCUUGUGUGCACAAAACAAAUUCAAGUCUGCAAAUCCAGAUGAUCUCAGCACUUGCUAGGACACAAUUAUGAGCACAAUCCUUAAUUGCUGUGACCUCAUUUUCAAAUCUGUUCUUCACAGUUUCCUCCAGCUGUUUCGUCAGAUAAGAUACAGGAGCUAACAUGCUGCUGCUUAACUUCCAGGUUAAUUUAAAAUGUCUCCUGCCUCGUACAAUCAGUUCUUUAGCUUUGAACAAGACGCUCUGUUUAUAUAAUGUGUUUCUGAUCUACUGUAGCAGCCACAGUGCUCUUAAUGGUGUUUCAGCCGAUGCCUCACUGCUCAGUGUUUCCCACAGGAUUUUAAGAGAUUAUGGUUGGUGGGCCUCGGACCCUCUUUUGGGCAUGCGCCCCCCCCCCCCCCGGAAGAAAACUUUGUACAUUUUAAAGUUAAAUGCAUUAAUUUGAUGCAAAAUGAAGAGGCAAUGUAUGAAGAACUUUGCACUCUUGUAAACAACAUUGUGCUCUAGUAAACUAUUUGAUCAUAAACCCAUUGUAGAGCUAUAAAUGGUGAUGAAACAAAAGUCAGCAAAUUUAUUUAGUGUUUUUCCAGCU